AACACGCUUUCAGUAUAUAUUCUCCCUCUACCUUACUUUUGCUCUCAUCUUUUCACUAUGAAUUCUGAAAUGGAUUCAAGCAGUGGUGAAGCUGAAAUAAGCUUUGAUUUCCGUCCCUUCUUCCGCAUCUACAAGGAUGGUCGCAUCGACAGGCUCGCAGGAAAUGAUAUCGUCCCUCCCUCUAUCGAUCACCAAACCGGCGUCUCCUCCAAAGACUUUCUAAUCGUACCAGAAACCAGCGUCGCCGCACGAAUUUUCCUCCCAAAGAUCACCACCUCCGCUCAAAAGCUUCCUCUCCUUGUUUACUUCCACGGCGGCGGUUUCUGCGUAGAGACCCCUUUCUCCCCUGAAUACCAUAAUUAUGUAUCAUCUUUAGUGGCGGAAGCUAACGUAGUUGCAGUAUCAGUCCACUACAGGAGAGCCCCAGAGCACCCUCUCCCAAUAGCCUAUGACGAUUCAUGGUUUGCACUUCAAUGGGUAGCUUCCCAUUCAAAGCGGAACGGCCCAGAGUCAUGGCUAAACAAGCACGCAGACUUUGGCAGAUUAUUCCUAGCGGGCGAUAGCGCAGGUGCCAACAUCGCCCACAACUUGGCUAUGCGGGCGGCGGAGACCCCAUUAAAAAAUGGACUAAGGAUUUUUGGGUUAGGUAUGGUCCAUCCUUACUUCCAUGGGGAAGAGCCUUUGGGUCCAGAGGCCAGUGAUGAGGAGAAAAGGCAAAACGUGGAUCUUAUGUGGCUGUCGGCGUGUCCAUCCACCGGUGGCUGUGAUGACCCGUGGGUCAACCCGGCAGCUUGUCCAAACCUGGCAAAGCUAGCGUGCAAGAGGGUGUUGGUGUUUCUUGCAGAGUGUGAUGUGGUGAGAGAUGGGGGUUUGUGUUACUGUGAAACGUUAAGAAAGAGUGGGUGGAAAGGAAAGCUGGAGUUGAUGGAUGUAGAAGGGGAGAACCAUGUGUUCCAUAUUUCUCAACCCAACUCCAAGAAGGCUCUAGCCAUGCAGGCCCGCUUGGCUUCCUUCCUUAACCAGGUGGAUCAGGACUACUACCAUCAAGAACAACUUCGCUCUGAUCACUAUGUCUCACUUCGCUCCUCAUUGUGAUCAUGUACUACUACUACUAGUGCUUUCUAAAGAAGAGUGGAAAUUCUAUAUCAAUGGUUGAACUAAGCAUAAGCAUGAGGAGGCCAUUAAUUGGUCCCCCUAGCUACCACACCUACCUAUCAAAGUAUCAUCUGAUCUCGGUCCCACUGUGGGUGAUCAUUGAAAUGGGGGUAUAUUACUCCUUCCAUCCUACAAACUAAGGAUAGUCUGUAUGGGAUUUUUCAUUGCCUUUGUCCAUAUUAAAAAUUGAGAUAGAAGGAAGGUGGUUUGUAAGAUCCCCUAUAAUGUAUGUAUUUCUUGUACUCACUUUGUCAUAAUAAUUGAUUGAUUUCCUCUAUUACAAAAGCCA